AUGGUCAAGGCUGUCGCUGUCGUCCGUGGUGACUCUAAGGUCACCGGCUCCGUCGUCUUCGAGCAGGAGUCCGAGUCCGCUCCCACCAAGAUCACCUGGGACAUCACUGGUAACGACGCCAACGCAAAGCGUGGCAUGCACAUCCACACUUUUGGUGACAACACCAACGGCUGCACCUCUGCCGGCCCUCACUUCAACCCCCACAACAAGGGCCACGGCGCUCCCGAGGACGAGGACCGCCACGUUGGUGACCUCGGCAACAUCGAGACCGAUGCCCAGGGCAACUCCAAGGGCACCGUCACCGACAAGCACGUCAAGCUGAUCGGCCCCGAGAGCGUCAUCGGCCGCACCGUCGUCGUCCACGGCGGCACCGAUGACCUCGGCAAGGGCCAGAACGAGGAGUCCAAGAAGACCGGCAACGCCGGUCCCCGCCCCGCCUGCGGUGUCAUUGGUAUCUCCAACUAA